AACAAUGCUUCUCAAGCAGUGAAAUGACAUCUGCACCUCUCCUUUGUUACAUACUGGUUUUGGUGGGAUUCCAAGCUGUGAUUUGAGUGUCUGGUUUUGGAAAUUCAGUGGUGAUUUUGGUUGCAUUUGACUGAAGUCACCAUUCAGUUCUCUGCUAGUAAUCUGCAGGCCCUGGGCUGCUUAGGCUGCCGUUUCUAGCCUCCUUUGACAGUCAACCAUCCCCUAGCCAGACUCGGCUACCAAAUAGCUUCUCAUGUACCUCCUAGUUCCUCCUUGCUAUACGCCCUUUAGAAUUUCAUUUCCUCUGGUCUAAUCAAAUGAACAUUUGAAGUUUGCCCUUCAGUCCUGCAAACAGAGCCUGCCAUCUUUAAGCUUAGCGGGUCAGAGUGAACCCAUCCCCUGCCAGUGAUCCAGUGGGAAUAAAGGGUACUCUGUCCCAAAAGUGGGAUAGAGUUGAUCUUGACAUACCAGCUGGCCCUUUUAAGUCCAGCCUUUGAAACAGUGUCAGGAAAAUUGUGGUUUCAAGUUCAAACUGUGGUUUUGAGAGAUUCUAGCUUCAAGCACAAAGGGAGCAUCCUAGCUUUGGGGUCUUCCUAAGUAAGGCUCCUGCCCAGGAGUCAUUUUUAAAAAUUUUAUUGCCCUCUUUUUCCCCUUAUCCUGAGACUUCUGAGGGUUGGGGGUAAGGGUCUUCAGAGAGAAUGUCAAAAGCCACAGUUUUGAACUUGAAACUCAAUACUGUGAUUUGAAUUCUUAAAGUCAUGGUUUGAAUUUGAAAAAGGCCUGCCCCAAGCCAGAGACAAACUUUAAUGAGGCAGGCAAGCAGCAGUCUCGGAUUGUGAUUAUUUUUUAAAUGUAAUCCUGGAUGGGUGGAUUGACUAUAAGGUGCCAAUAUCAAAAAGAAUGUGGUGGGAGGAUGAUUCUGGUGCUCUUUAGUGAUCUGACCCAUGGCCACGGGGACCCACUACAUUCAGUAUUCAGUGGCCUCGGUAUUGAAUUUGGAAGUCCUUGCCAUGUUUUGCUGUUUUUUGUUUCCUAGUCUUGGGUGUAUUCACUUGGGAUUGGAUUCCAGCAACCCUUUGGACACUGACAUUCUGCUGCCACACUCCCACCCCUCUUAAAGACUAUUAAUCACCUCUCUAGGGGUGAAAGGUUGUCUUUGGAGCCUUGUUGCAGCCAGCUGGACAGGCUCUGUUCCAUGUAGGCGCUGAUGAGCUAGCCUCACUCCAGGCCUCUGCGUGAAGGGACCUUUGGGAGAAUAAUAGAAACACUGACUCAUCACAUGACCAUUUGGAAGGGUCUUGAGCCAGAGGCCGUCAGUCUGCAGCCAGCAACUUGGAUCCUCCACCCUCAGUGGAGGGUCCCUUUUGUUCCCGAGAAGCCACAAGCCACAGAAGUGGGGAAGAAACACUGAGGAACCUGAAUUAAAAAGGAUAUGCCCAAACUAGUCCUCAAAGAUGAGAAGUGUUAAGCUAGAGCCUCUUAAUCCAGACCGAGAAGCUCAGGGUCAAACAGGAGGACAAGAAAAAGAAGAGCAAAAGCAAAACUAAAGAAGCCAGCUGUGGAGCUCCCAUGGAGCAAGGUGAAUGUCCAGAAGCGAAAGGAGAAAUGAAGGGAGUCCAGUGGCACCGAAAGGGGCCUUGGGGAUUUCUUGGAGGAAUUCCGUACCUGCUAAGUAUCCAGAAUUCCUCAUGGGGUGAUGGGGGCCUGCUUCUAACACAAAGCUGCAUAAAGCCUCUUCUAUCUGCUUGUAGACGGUGCAGAGUAAACCUUACUAGAGAAUGAGUCUUAAGGAUGGAGGAGGGGGCGGGCCCACCUAAAGUAUGAGAGUUCAGAAUGGAGGUUGCCAGGUGUGCUGAAGGGUGCUGAGAAAGCCGACAUGAGCCAUGAUGUCUGUGUUAAGGAAACUGGUGAGGGGCCAGGAAGGAGGAGUGCCUGUUUAACUGAGUGGUCCAGUUGGCAGUGAGGAGGCAAGGUGACCUUUGGAUGUUUGAAUCAAGAAGGAAAAUUGAUCUAGGACUCAAGGCACAUACACAUGGAGGUCACACUCAACCUAUGAUACAGAACACUCUGGCAACUGACUGACUGAGAACUUGACAUCAACAUCAACACACACACACACACACUCCUGAGGUUUUCCUUUACUGAAAACAGCGUGUCAUGAACUAACAGCACCAUAAGGUUGCCCAAACAGCCAAGCCACAUUUGGCUGUAAAAGUCUGGGGCAUCCAAGAAGGAGGGGAGUGUCCAGGUCACAGUUGGCAGGUACCCAGUGUUUAUUUGUGGCCACCAAUGUCAAGGACCUCAGUGACAGGAGGAGGCAGAACCAAAAGAAUUGGCCAGUUUGGGAAGUAGACACUUUCAGAAAAAAACAAAACAAAAAAAAAAACCCAGCUUAUUCAAAAUGGGACUGGGCCGCUUUUGACAAAUACCGAAUUCCUUAUCCAGGGAAUUUAUGCAAAAACUUGACUAAUUGGGAAGAUUCCUGGUCCCCGCAGAAGGUAAAAUCUGGUUCUCCUUUCAGCGACCCACUGGAUGGGCUAUCACUCCCUACCUAAACCCCUAGCAGCUUACCAGCUUCUGACCCGCCAGCUGUAAAAGGAGGCUAAAGAGAGCCUUCCAGGUCUGCUUUCCUGGCUCCCCGCCCGCCUCGCCCCCGGAGCCUGGCCAUCGGACCCCGAGGUGCUCAAAUAGCCUGUAAGUUCAAGACUUGGCCAGGGAGCAGGCGGACCCACCAGUCCACGCACGCAAGGGCCCGGGUGCAGACCUGCUGGGAGUCUGAGGGCAAGCCUAGAACUGCGGAGGGCGCGACGACGCAGCGUCCUGAGUUCGGAUCUCCAUGAUUCUCCCUUCCUGACAGUAGAGGCGUCUAGGGUUCCUCCGAGACGGGCAAUGCCCCAGGGCACGCAGAGUCCCGCUGCUAGCCCUGUUCCCGAAGUUUCUUUCGGACCAGGGCCUCUGUCUGACGCCCGCAGCCCUUCGCAGAAAGCCGACUCCCAAACCCAGGCUGGGGGUGUUGGCCUAGGGCUGAACUCCGCCCCCAGGGGUCCCUGAUCUUUGCCCCCGCCCCGGCUCCGCGCCGCCGGGAGAGGCACCGGCUGGCUUGCGGAGCUGCCUUUUGUGUUCCGCUCGGUGGUGCGGGAAACUUCCCAGCCUUUCGCCGUUGCCCCCGGGCCCCUCCUCCCGGCGUCCCCAGCCCCCCUGCUCCGCUCCGCGUGCCAGCUCGGGGAUCGCUGGUUCGCUCCCCUCCGCGCCAGGAGGAGGGGCGAGGGCCCGCAGCCCCCUCCCCCGCGCGCGGCGCCCGAGCUGAGCGGAGCCGGGGAGACCCGCAGCCUCUGGUCAUGUGGGCCGGACUGCUCCUCCGGGCCGCCUGCGCCGCGCUCCUGUUGCCGGAGACCCCGGCCCGAGGCUACACGGGGAGGAAGCCGCCCGGGCACUUCGCGCCGGAGAGACGCCGGUUGGGCCCCCACGUCUGCCUCUCUGGCUUUGGGAGUGGCUGCUGCCCUGGCUGGGCACCCUCCAUGGGCAGUGGGCACUGCACCUUGCCUCUCUGCUCCUUCGGCUGCGGGAGUGGAGUCUGCAUCGCUCCCAAUGUGUGUUCCUGCCAGGACGGAGAGCAAGGGGCCACUUGCCCAGAAGCCCAUGGCCCCUGCGGGGAGUAUGGCUGUGACCUUACCUGUAACCAUGGUGGCUGUCAGGAGGUGGCCCGAGUGUGCCCCUUAGGUUUCUCCAUGACAGAGACAGCUGUUGGCAUCAGGUGUACAGAUAUCGAUGAAUGCCUCAGCUCCUCUUGCGAGGGCCACUGCGUGAACACCGAGGGUGGGUUCGUGUGUGAGUGCGGGCCGGGCAUGCAGCUGGCCGCAGACCGUCACAGCUGCCAGGACACCGAUGAAUGCCUGGGCACCCCCUGUCAGCAGAGGUGUAGGAACAGCAUCGGCAGCUACAAGUGUUCCUGCCGCACUGGCUUCCAUCUCCAUGGCAACCGGCACUCGUGCGUAGAUGUGAACGAGUGCCGGAGGCCGCAGGAGAGGAGAGUCUGUCACCACUCGUGCCACAACACUGUGGGCAGCUUCCUGUGCUCCUGCCGUCCUGGUUUUAGGCUUCGAGCCGACCGUGUGUCCUGUGAAGCUCUGCCGAAAGCCGUGCAGGCCCCGUCUGCCAUCCUGCAGCCCCGGCAGCAUCCCAACAAGAUGCCUCUGCUGCUGCCCGAGUUGGGAAGGCCAGCCCUGUCCCCAGGACACAGCCCUCCUCCGGGGGCCCCAGGACCUCCUGCAGGAACCAGGACGACCCACCUGCCAUCUCCCACCUCGCCACCACCCUCGUUCUUCCCUUCUGCUCCUACCCGGCUGCUCUCCACCCUGAUGGCCACCCCAGGGCCUAGUGCCGCCCUGCUGAGGACCCCCAGGCCUCCCUCCUUCCUCCAGGGGGAGGUGGUAGGGACCCCUUCCUCACCAAGGGGCCCUGGGAGCCCGAGGCUAGCAGCCAGGCCCUCUCCCUGCUGGCACCUGGGAGCCGUGCAUGAGUCCGGGAGCCACUGGACAGAGCCCAGGUGUUCCCAGUGCUGGUGUGAGGAUGGACAGGUGACCUGCAGAGAGGUGAGAUGUGAAGCUGCUUGCUCCCACCCGAUUCCCCCCAGAGACGGGGGGUGCUGCCCCUUGUGCACAGGCUGCUUUUACAGUGGCGCCGUCAGAGCGGAAGGCGACGUGUUUUCACCUCCCAACGAGAACUGCACGGUCUGUGUCUGUCUGGCUGGAAACGUGUCCUGCAUCUCCCCCGAGUGUCCUCCUGGCCCCUGUGAGACCCUCCCGCAGUCAGAUUGCUGUACUUGUGUCCCAGUGAGGUGCUAUUUCCGCGGCCGUUGGUACGCAGACGGGGCAGUGUUCAGUGGGGGUGGUGACGACUGCACCACCUGUGUCUGCCAGAAGGGGGAGGUGGAGUGUUCCUUCACACCGUGUCCAGAGCUCGACUGCCCCCGAGAGGACCGGUGGCUGGGUCCUGGGCAGUGCUGCUUCACCUGCCGGGAGCCCACGCCCACCACAGGCUGCUCUCUGGACGACAACGGGGUUGAGUUUCCGAUUGGACAGAUCUGGUCACCUGGUGAUCCCUGUGAGUUAUGCAUCUGCCAGGCAGAUGGCUCUGUGAGCUGCCGGACGACAGACUGCGUGGACUCCUGCCCUCACCCCAUCCGCAUCCCCGGACAGUGCUGCCCAGACUGUUCUGCAGGCUGCACCUACAUGGGCAGAAUCUUCUACAACAACGAGACCUUCCCGUCGGCGCUGGACCCGUGUCUGAGCUGCAUCUGCCUGCUGGGCUCGGUGGCCUGUUCGCCAGUGGACUGCCCCAUCGCCUGCACCUACCCUUUCCACCCCGACGGCGAGUGCUGCCCGGUGUGCCGUGACUGCAACUACGAGGGAAGGAAGGUGGUGAACGGCCAGGUGUUCACCUUGGACGAUGAGCCCUGUACCCGCUGCACGUGCCAGCUGGGCGAGGUGAGCUGUGAGAAGGUCCCUUGCCAGCAGGCCUGCACCGACUCUUCCCCGCCCCCCGGGGACUGCUGCUCCUCCUGCCCAGAUUCCGUUUUUCCUCUGGGAGAAACGCAGGGGCUCACCCCUCAUGGCGACGUGGUAUUGGGCAAAGCCGCUCGGAGUCCCCGCGGAGACACCCAGGUGCCCAUCAACUGCAGCUCCUGCCUGGCGCCCCCACCGGCAGCCCCUCCAAGGCCAGCGCUCCACCUCUUCCAGCUCCUCCGAAGAACGAACUGGUCCAACGUGCAGACUUCACCCACAGGCCCCUCAACAGCCCAGGCCUCGCCCUCACCCCCUCUGAGGCCAGGGCAGCCCAGAGCCUCCCCGUCCCCUGGGCCCUCCCCAGGGCCUUCCGCCCCUUCAGAGCCCUCCACUCUACCUCCAGCCUCUUCAGGGGCUCGUCGGCCACCUCCUGUCACUCCCGAGCGCUCCUUCUCAGCCUCCGGGGCCCAGACAGCGUCCAGGUGGCCUCUGCCUGCCACCCUCUUGACUGAAGCGUCAGCACCUUCCACAGUGUCCCCUGGCCCCUCAGAGACCCCCACCACCUCCCUCAGGCCUCAGAGACUCUCUGCAGCCCUUGUGGCCACCACUCACUCUGGUUCCCAGCCGCCCACAGAGGGGACCUCAAGGGAGGAGGAAUCCACCGUCUAAGCCGGUCACCACGCCCGAGAGACUCUGACAGAGAGCGUUGACAGUGGCCCAAGGAACUGCAGGGCAGCCCUAGGGGCAGACCUGGCAGGCGAUGCCAGGGGUUGGCUCUCCCAGGGCUCCUGGUGGGGAUGGGAACCCCAAGGUUGAACGUGACCUUGUAACUGAGAAGCAUUCGGAACGUGCUGUAAGAAUCACGUAGACAGUGGUCUCCGUGUCAGCAUCCUCCUGGACCGCUCGGCUGCUGGGCUUUGGAGGAAGGUCGGGUUUGCCAAGCCUCCCUGGGAGGAGGAGCCACGGCCGCCUUCUCCUGGGUUCCUGAUUAAAGGUGUCUGGUUCCCAGGCUUCCCCGCUCA